GGCACAAUGUAGUGCAGCCUCUCUCACAGUGCUGUGUAUCAUGUGAUCUCUCUGUGUGUGUGUGUGUGUGUGUCUCUUUUCUCCACUACAGGAUGGCAGCCAGUAAAACUGUAAAGUUCCAGUUACACGUCCCUGAUCUAGAGGAAUUGUGUCAGGUGCUGGAAAAGGGACUGAGGAAGAAUUUUGAAGAGGUAAAAGUGCGUGUGAGUGAGUGUCCAGAUCUCACACAGGAACCCUUCGAGUUUCCAGUCAAAGGACUAUGUGGUAACCCUCGCAUUACUGAUGUUGGCGGUGUCCCCUACUUGAUCCCAUUGGUUCAAGUGGACAAGGUCUAUAACAUGAACACUCUAGCCAAGGAGUUGGAGCUGCCUGGGGCAUUUAUUCUUGGUGCUGGUGCCGUGUCAUCAAAGACCGUUGGAAUGAACGCAGAGCUGAUGCCUCUGGUGUUGACGGAGCAUGAAGGCAAACCUGCUGUCAAUGCCAGCUACUUCUCCUCCGUCAACCCAGCAGAUGGGAAAUGCCUGCAGGAGAAAUACAGCGACAGGUUCUGUGACUGUGACUUUGGGCUUCUAGCAAACCUGUACGCAUGUGAGGGUCAGCCUGGGAAGGUCAUGGAGGUCAGAGCCAGCAGGAGGACAGGCGAGGACAGUCUCGUUAGCUGUAUGAGGAAGACAAUGGCGGAACACUAUGGUGAUAAAAGCAUUGCACUUGGAGGGACUUUCAUCAUCCAGAAAGGGAAGGCCAAGAUCCACAUCAUGCCACGAGAGUUUUCCUCAUGCCCCUUGAAUACUAAUGAAGAUGUAAACAACUGGCUGAAGCAUUUUGAAGUCAGCGCUCCUCUCAUCUGUCAGUCUGUCAUGGUGUCCAAAGAUCCAGGUUUGGAUCUGAGAGUGGAACAUACCCAUGGCUUCAGCCAUCAUGGUGAAGGAGGUCAUUACUACAUAGACACUACACCAAGCACAGUGGAAUACCUGGGAUACUUUCUACCUGCAGAGUUUGUUUAUCGCAUUGACCGGCCAGUGGAGACCCACAAUGUUGGCAGAGACUAAAUUUAAUGUGAAUGAAUGUUCAUAUAUAUAAGAACUGACACAAAAGAAUUCACCCAAAAUAACAAACAUUGUUAUUCAGAAAAUAACCAUAAAAUGAAAUCAUGUAUUGUUUAAAGAGUGUUGGUUGAUGAUUAAAUAUAUUACACACACACACACAUCUGUAUGCUAGCUAACAUUUGAGAGAUGUGGAAUAAAGCUGUUGUUAGUCAUGCUUAGCUAAUGUUUUCCUACAUUCAUUGGUGAAAAAGGCACUAAUUUACCAACAGUAACUAAAAUCUGUUUGAUUCGACACACAACACCUUUUACAUUUUUUCCAUCUUUCUUAUGUUUUUACUAUCAUCCCUGCUGCAAAAAACAACAACAAUAGAAACUCUCAUAGAAUUUGAAUUCAUUUUAAUGGUUAUAAUGGGAAUUGUAUUGGUUUUAAUGGAAACUGUAAUGGUCUCUUUGGGUCUCCACUGGUAAAUUGUUGCCUUCUAUUGGUAGCAUGUUACUUUAUGUCUAGUGGAUACCAUUAUGGACCAAUAAUGGUGAUGGUAAUGGUUUUAAUGGUUUGUAUUGGUAUUUGUAGUGGAAACCAUUAGAAUUUCUGUGAUGAUUUCUAUUGUUUUUCCCCCCAGCAGGGAUACUUGAAGUAUAUUUAAUCAAAUUGAUACUUUGCUAUUUGACUGAAGCAUUUGAAGGUGCCCUUUAACUUUUACCAGAGUAUUUAUUUAGAGGAGCAUUUCGAUUUUACUUGAUUAAAGAUUUGUGCUUGUA